AUGCCGUAUGUCGGCGACGGCGAUGAUUUCCAGCCAGCACGAAAACGACGAUGGGAGGAUAACCACGACAGCAAUGUCUACCGGCUAUACCACGCAGACAAACAACAACCCGACUUCUACCUGUUGAACCGUGCGUCAGACUUUUCUGCCGCCCGCAAAAUCCUCCCGCUCUCCUCGUCGAAAAGGGCUCGCAUCACCCACGAAGACGACUCUCUCCACCACGACAGCCCCAGUAGCCUCGUACAGACGCAACGACGGCGACCACCGCAGCAGAAAGUGUUCCAGGACCAGACGGGUCUUGGAAAUCGAGCUCCUGUGGCACCCAGUGCAGCGCUCCUAGCCCCAUGCUACAUUUGCCACCGGAGACCGACCAAGAAAUCCGACCUCGACUCGUUCGCAGAGUGUCAGGGUUGCGGGGAGAGAGCGUGCUUCGUCUGCAUCAGAGAGUGCCAUGGAUGGAAUGCAGACUAUGACAUGUCUGUGCUUUCGGAGCAGGAGGUGCUUUCGCGAUCAUUUCACAUGGACGACGCAGACGACAUGGAGUCUGAGCCACGAGAUGGUCAUCAUGGCCACCCGGGGGAUGGAGACAGCAAUACACGGCAACUUUAUGGGCACUACCAGGAGGCAGAAAAAGAUUCCAGAGGAUGGGCUGCGUCGGGACACCGCUCCGUCGUGUGCAGCAGGUGUUGUGUCGAGAGGGGCCGCGAAGGAGAAGUAGUUUGCUUGGGAUGUUUGUCUGGCAUGCCAGGCACUUGA